AAGGAAACUACGCGCGCGGGUUCGGCGCCACCCUCUCCCAAAGGGCCAAAGGCAAGGCCCCCCAACCUGCGUCAACCUGCGUGCCUCUGCCUAUACGGUGCUCGCCUGAUUCGCUCUCCCGCGAUUCCUCCCCCACAAAUCCUCCAACCCAACCCACAAAAUUCACGCAACCUUGCAUCGCCUCGGCUCCAAAUUCGCCCCCUUCCAUCCACAAAUCCCCUCCCCCGCCUCCGAUUCCGCGGCGAAUUCGGUUAGCUUACUCUCCGAGCUUAUCGCCAACCGUGUGUCCCGACCUCGAGAUCCGGCUCAGUUUUCACCCUGCUGUAUUCGCAGCGACCACGAGCUGCCAAUUUGCGGAGCUCCGAACGCGAGCCGCAGAAGGCGAAUCGAAUGAAUCAAGCUCGCGCGACGGGAAGUUGAUGCCACCCGGCGAUGGAUCGCCGCAUCCUCAGGAGCUCGUCGUGCAACGGCAGCGGUAAGAACCCGCCCCCUUCCUCUCCGGCGGCGGUCUCACGGUCUGCGUCCUCCGGGGGCAUCGGCUCCAAGGACGUCGACGCUGCGGGCGAGCGCACGGCGCUGCUGCCGCAGCAGCCGCCUGGCGGCAUAGCGCGCAAGGGCCGCAAGGGGCCCAAACGCCGGGUGCAGUGGAAAGAUAGGCAUGGCAGCAGGCUCACCGAUGUCAGGGAGUUCCAGCCUAGUGACUCAAGCGACUCAGAAGAUGAAUAUCUGGAUACAUGCAUAUGCUCAAUCAUGUAAAUACAUCUUGCACAGGUGGAUUCUAUCAUGUGUAUAAAGAGCUGUAUCUCAGUAUUCCUGUCUUCGGCUUGGCCCUAACAGUACAGUAACAAUCAUGCAUACAUAAGUUCAUUCCAGCAGACUCCGGCUGUCCUUUGGACGCAAGGAAGCGCAUUUUGCAAUGAUUGCCGAACUGGUGAUAAGCAGCGGGUGGAUAUUUAGCUGGCCUUAACUGGGACUCACAUCAAAGACCUAGAAAUGAUCACUGGAUACAGUAGGUAGACAUGAUUAAAGAAGCCGAGAAAGAAUGCCUUUCUUUGGUUUAAUUUUGGAUACCAACAGCAUCCUGAGUUUUUGGCAGAGUAAUGAUUCAUGUGAUAAUGCAAAUGCUAGUAGAACCGAACACUACUAAUUCCUAUGCAUGAUUCAGAUCGAUUUUGUCAAUACUAUUUGAUGUAUUAACAUGGGAUGUUCCUUUUUAAUCCUUGCUACCAGCA